AUGGAGCCAACUGUCAAUGCAGAGAGUACUGGGACAGUAAAAGGCUUUGUCCACAAAGUCAAGGUGAGACCUGAUGUGCAGCCUGUGCAGAUGAAGCUACGUCGUCUGCCCUUCGCCGUACGUGACCAAGUCUCUGAGGAGCUGCAGAGAUUGGAGAAGGAUGGAGUGAUUGAGCGCAUCGACUCCUCACCAUGGGUUUCGCCCAUUGUGGUGGUGAAACGCAAGUCCAGCCGGCUCAGAAUAUGUCCAGAUCUCCGUGAGCCCAAUAAGGCGGUGAUUAUUGAUAGCCACCCCUUGCCACACAUCGAGGAGAUGUUUCAUGAGCUGCGAGGAGCACAGAUGUUUUCAUCCAUCGACCUGCAGAAUGCAUUGUGGUACUGCAAUUUGUCAGAGAUCAGCUGUGAUUCUCUGAUCUCAGCUCUGAAGUCCAACCCCUCCCAUCUGGAACAUCUGGACCUGAGCUGGAACAAGGAGCUGAGGGAUUCAGGAGUGAAACAUCUGAGUGGUUUUCUGGAGAGUCCAGACUGCAUCCUGAAGACUCUGAAAUUGGAGGGCUGCAGUUUGUCAGAGAUCAGCUGUGAUUCUCUGGUCUCAGCUCUGAAGUCCAACCCCUCCCAUCUGGAACAUCUGGACCUGAGCAGGAACAACCUGCAGGAUUCAUCAGUGAAACAUCUGAGUGGUUUUCUGGAGAGUCCAGACUGCAUCCUGAAGACUCUGAGAUUGGAGUACUGCAAUUUGUCAGAGAUCAGCUGUGAUGCUCUGGUCUCAGCUCUGAAGUCCAACCCCUCCCAUCUGGAACAUCUGGACCUGAAUAUCAACUCCCUGCAGGAUUCAGGAGUGAAACAUCUGAGUGGUUUUCUGGAGAGUCCAGACUGCAUCCUGAAGACUCUGGAAUUGGAGAAAUGCAGUUUGUCAGAGAUCAGCUGUGAUUCUCUGGUCUCAGCUCUGAAAUCCAACCCCUCCCAUCUGGAACAUCUGAACCUGAGAAGAAACAACCUGCAGGAUUCAUCAGUGAAACAUCUGUUAGAUCUUGUGAAGAGUCCAGACUGCAGCCUGAAGACUCUGGAAUGGAAGUGAUGCUGAUCAGGACGGUGUUUGUGCUGAGAGGAUGAAGUGUGUCCUGAUGAUCCAGAGGUUGAAGCAGCAGCAGCAGCUGGUGUGUAGAGACUCUGACUGGACCAUGUUACUGGGAACCAGUGUAAAGUGUGUUGUUGUCACUGUGUAGUUUAGUGUUGCAGCUCCACACUGAAUGAUGGAGAACUGCAGUUAAUGUUGACAUGAUCCGUUGGAGGUUGAUGUCAGGUUGCAGAGUGUGCAGUAAGUUUCAGGAUGUUUGUGUCAGUGCAGGAUUAUAUUUGCGUUGAUUUUCUAUUUCCAGCUGCAGUCAAAGUUGUUGAGCUUCUCUACCUGCAGCACAUUGAGCUGAUGAGAACAAAGUGUCCUGGAAACAUGUCAGCUGAAGCCUUGGUGCCCAGAGAGAGUUUGUUUUUCUGUGUUUUGAUCACAUCAUGUUGAGGUGACAAACUGAAGAUGAAUCCAGUUUAGUCCUCAAAGGUCCAGCAGCAGCUCUGAUUGGACCAGAACCCGAGCGCUGAUCCAUCAUGGCAGCAGCAGCAGCUCGUCCACGUGGCUCAUUCUGCCUCAGUUCACCGAAUGCUCCACGUCUGAGCCUCUUCAACUUCACUGAUGUGUUUUAAGGUGUGAAUAUUGAGCUGAUCUCCUGUAAAAUCUGUAAAAAGAUGUAAAAAGAAACAUAUUACAAUCAUGGAGAGCUGAUUUGCAGAAAAUUUAACAGAGGAAGAAUGUUCCAGAGCUUGCUAUCGCUCAAACACAAUCCGUGGAUUCCAACUCUAAGUUGCUGCGAUAUAAAUGGUUAAGUAGACAAUAUAUAACCCCAAGUAAGCUGCACCUUUUUAAUCCAAAUAUUCCAGAUACUUGCUUGAAAUGUCAGCAACAGAAAGGUUCUUUAUUUCAUUGUUUGUGGGAAUGCCCCCUGAUCCUAUCUUUUUGGGAAAAUGUGUUGAGUCUGGCCAGUCAAAUCACUGAGAAGGAGGUUCCUCUCAAUCCAAAGUUAUGCUCCAAGAAUGAAAAAUCUCUACUAAGUAUCUAUUUUUUGAGGCUAAAAGAUGAAAAGCCUGUUCAUGGAAAAGGGAUAAACCUUGUACCACCUCACAGUGGUUAAAGGGGAUGUCUUUUUAUUUGGCUCUAGAAAAGAUCAGUUUUGCCUCUAAAAAUAAGCUUGACAAGUUUUGGAUGAUAUGGAAAGUUUUUGUAAUUUCCUUGAGCAAACAGAUGUCAGAGUUGAUGGCUGGAAUGAUGAUCUGACCUGAAGACUCUUAUCUUUGCAUUGUGUCUUAUUUUAGUAUUAUAUAUGUUUAAACUUAUGUACAUGUGUGGGUGGAUGGUAACAUUUGUAUACUAUUAUUAUUUGUAUUUGUAUUUAUUUAUUAGUAUUAUAAUGUAAUAAUUUACUUUUCUUUGUAUAUUACUUCUAAUGAUUUUUUAUCUACUUUAUUCUUUUUUUGCUUUCUUUUUCAUCAUUACUGCUAUUGUUAUUGCUUAUAUGUGCCUUCAUGUUCUGUGUCGUUCAUUAUUUGUAAAAUUUCAAAAAUUGCAAUAAAUAUAUGUUUAAUAAAAGAUGUAAAAAAAAGUUAAGCUCUCAGCUUAGUGGAUGCUGUGUACUCACUACUGUGGGUCAGACAGGGUUAGAGUCAGCACGAGGUAAAGAACAUCUUCACACAGCCUUUUUCUACCCAGUCUUAGAUCAGCUGCUUAAUGAGCUGAACAGACGGUUGUCCAGCAGAAAUUGUCCCUUUAUGAAGGCGUCCAAACACUAAACCCCAACAGUGAUGCAUUUCUCCAUGAGGCUCUGUUUGCAUUUUCUGGAAUGUAAGAUUCAAACAUUGAGGAUUUGGGGCAUAAACUACAUCAGUUCAGAUGAAUUUUAAACAGAAAAAUCCAUGAUGGUAAGCAGAGACCCUCUGGUGUUGUAGAGCUGACAUCAUUCAUUGAGCCUGAUAAAGAAGUUUCUGUGUUUUAUUUUAAAUGUGCAUAAUAGCAGUUUCACUUCCAGUUAGCACUACUUCUUGUGAACAAAGUUUUUCAGCUCUGAAGCUGCUGAAAACUUACCUCAGCUCCACCGUGGCAGAUGACAGACUGAGUCAUUGAGGUGUUUUAAGCUUUGAGUCAAGAAGGACAAAGUCUUUGAAUCUUGAUGCAUUUGUUGACAUCGUUGCAAGAAACCAUAAAAACGGCAGAAUUCAGUAGAAGUAACAAACUGAAGCUGAGCAGAAAUAACAUGCUGAGGAGUUUUUCUGCUUUUUUCAGUCUGGGUUGAAUGUGCAUUUCUUUAAAUGUUUGCACGACACAAGAAAACCUGUUGAGUAAAGUUGAUAGAAAUAAUUGAUAGAAAAAGUUGAUUAAAAAACUGUUUAAUUUGCACGACUAAAGACUAUAAAUAAGGUGUUGACGUGUUUAAAUUUGUUGAGCCACAGACUUAAAUCCUUUUUAUUUAUCUGUUUGCCAGAAGCAUCCAUUAAAAUAAAAUGCCGUAUGAUUUUGAA